UAUAUUCUUGGUGUCUAACAUUUCUGAUUCUGUUUUUAAGAAAAGCUUAAAUCUAAGUACAAUACAUCUCUAGAUGUAUAGACAGCAGGGAACAAGAAAUCAUGUUUUCGAUAUUAGGAAUGCAUCGUCUCUUAUUGGCAGGAGUCCAGUUUCUCUUUGAUUUGAGGAUUGUGUUAUUGGGAAACAGAGCAGCAGGGAAAACCUCUUUGGCAAACCUAAUAACAGGUCACGCAGAGCCUCAUCUAAAGAGAACGGCCCAGUGUGUGAAGAUGCAUGGAGAUUUUGCCGGAAGGCAGGUCACUGUAGUUGAUACGCCGGGCUGGUGGAAGAACUACCUUGUCAAAGAAACCCCUGAAUUUCAAAGACAAGAGAUUGUGCUUAGCGUUGCUCAUUGUCCUCCUGGGCCCCAUGCGGUUCUGCUGCUCAUACGUGUCGAUGCUUUAUUCAAAGAAAAGCACAGGAGGUCAGUGCAGGAACACCUGGAACUUCUGAGCGAGAGAGUCUGGAACCAUACUAUAGUGGUGUUCACAUAUAGAGACCAGCUACAGGAGCAAACUUUAGGAAAGUACAUUGGAAGUGAAGGAGAGUCUCUUCUUCUCUGGCUAGUGGAGAAAUGUGGACACAGAUAUCACGCUCUUAAUACUGAGAGAGCCACUGGGACGCAGUUGACGGGGUUAAUGGAGAAAAUAGACGCAGUGGUCGUGGGAAACGGUGGCUGUCACUUUGAAAUGGACAGAAAAUGGAUGUAUGCGGUGGAAGGAAUGAUGACGAAGAGAUACACGAGAGCAAACCAGAGGAGGAAGAUGGUACAAGAACAAUGGGAGACUCCACUUGUACGACAAGGUCUCAAACAUGUCCACAUUCCUAAGGUGAGGAUGGUAAUGUUAGGUUUCCGAAGAUCUGGUAAGAGUUCAGCUGGAAACACCAUUUUGAGUAUGGCGACGUUCGUCUCAAAGAGAACAUCCACGUGUGUGAGAAGACAAGGCGAGGUGGAUGGGAGACACGUGAUUAUAGUGGACACUCCAGGCUGGUGGAAGUCUCUCCCAGUGGCUGACACUCCUGAACUGGAUAAAGAGGAGAUUUCACUCAGCGUGUCUCUCUGUCCACCAGGACCACACGUGCUUCUGCUGACUCUGCGUGUAGACAUGUCAUUCACAGCAGCAGAGAAGAAAUCAGUGGUGGAGCACAUGGAGCUUCUUUCUGAGAGAGUGUGGGCUCAUACUAUAGUGCUGUUCACCCAUGGAGACUGCCUGGGGGACUUGACUGUCGAAGAGUUCAUUGAGAGUGAAGGGACGGCUCUACAGUGGCUAGUUGAGAAAUGUGGGAACAGAUAUCAUGUCCUCAACAAUGAGAACUGGAAUGAUGGCAGUCAGGUCACAAACCUGCUGGAGAAAAUCGAGAAGAUGGUGGCACAAAAUAGGGGCCAUUAUUAUGAAAUUGACCUUAAGACGCUGAAGGAGGUGAAGCAGAAAAGGAAAGCAGUGGAAAGGAAAGCUAAGGCUAGAGCAAAGAAACAAAGACAGAUGAGGAAGCUGGACAAUAAAAUGAAGGAUGUUGGAAAGCAUUUCUCAGAAUUUUCUCUUGUGCUGCUGGGUUAUGGAGAAUCUGGGAAGAGUUCAACAGGGAACACCAUCUUCGGCAAACAGGUGUUUGGGUCAAGAAGAACAGCCCGGUGUGUUCAGGUACAUGUAGAGGUGGGAGGACAACAGGUCAGCAUCAUAGACACCCCUGGCUGGUGGAAGCACCUGCCCACAGAACAAACCCCUGAACUAAAUAAAGACGAAAUCACACAGAGUGCAUCUUUAUCCGCUUCUGGACCAGUCGCUUACAUUUUGGUCCUUCGUGCCGACUGUUCCUUUAAAGAGCGAGAGCGGAAGGCGAUGGAGGAUCAUUUGAGGCUUCUGGGCUCCACGGUUUGGGAUCACAGUAUAGUUCUGUUCUCGUUUGGGGACCUGCUCGGAGACAGAGCCAUUGAGCAGCACAUUGCAUGUGAGGGAGAAGCUCUGCAGUGGCUUGUUGACAGAUGUGGAAACAGGUAUCAUGUUUUUAAUAAUAAGGCCAAGGGUGAGAGCCAUCAGGUCACAGAGCUGCUGGAAAAGAUACAAGAGAUGAUUUCAGCAAACAGCAGGGGCAAUGACAAAGACAUGCAGGUGCUGCGGGAGGUGACAGAGGGGAGGAAGGUGGAGGAAGACAGAGCAAACACCAGACUGAAGAUGCAGGGACAAAGAGAGGAAGAUGAAUCUGAUGAUGUAUUUGAUGAUGAUGAAGUCAUUUGGGAGUCAAGAGCAUGGAAAUGGACAACAGCUGUAUGAGGCGAUAAGUUAAGAGUUCUGGAAAUUAUUUUAAUAAUCAGUGCUCUUGUUUGCUUUUGAGUAGAAAUAUCUAAACAUCCUUUAAAAAGACACUAUUAUCAUAAUU